AUGCGACUUGCGUACUUCCGGCGCGACUGCGACCGUGCAGACGUCUUUGAGUCGAGCUACCUUCGCUGCCACCAUGCCCAGGGCCUCAAGGUGCUCCGAUGCUUCCCGCACUGCCGCCCCGCUUGCUGCCCCCACAGUUCGUACCGCAACUGUGGCGCGUCCGUGAGCGUCCGCGUCACCGGCGUCGAUGCGACGUCCGUCGUGGCAUACGCUCGCUUUGAGAGCGUCGGGGCCGCCCAUCGCCCGCCGACGAUGCUGACUGCGCUGCGUAGCGACGUCCGAAGUCGCACCGAACCCCGUGGCACGUGGCUUCUUGGUGUCGUCGUCGCCAGCACCGAUGGCAUCGUGUUUGAGUUCAACCGCAAGCGCUCCGACGGAUGGCACUACGAUUGGCACGGCAGCUCCAGCACGCGGAACCGAAGCCAGAAGCACGUCCUCCAGACGUACCUCUUUCAACAGAGCGUUGACGACCACCUCACACUCGUCGCGACGCUGGCGUCUUCGCCGUUCACGAUUGCGUCGUACCGCCGGGCCAAGAUCGUCGUCGCCAACGUGCCGCGACCGGUUCCGUCGCUGCUGUCGGCGUCCAGCAGCAGCGCCAUCUUUGCGUCAACGCACCAGUUGGACGUCGAGUACGCCGAGCUGCCGCGCUCGUCCACGCAAGAGACGGCCGCGCGGCUUCUCCAGCUUUUCGAGCUUUGCGCGCAGGUGCCCGUCACGGCGGUCGCACCGGCCAUCGAGGCGCGCGUCUGGGCCGAGGCCGCCCGUCAUGUGCCUGGUGUGCGCCAGCCGCCCGCUCUCUUCCUCUUGCGUCAGCUCGCGCCAUUUGACGACGCGGCCUCGCGCCUCGAGACGAUUGCGCUCGCCGUCCUCUGCUGGUUCAUCACGUUGUCGUCGAGGAUCCACGACUUUUGUCGGCGGUACGACGGCAGCAUCUACGACAACACGGAGCUCCACGAAGCGUACAACCGCGCCGUCGAGUCGCUCGCGAGAAGCCUCGACGUGGUCUUGGCGACGCUCGGCGAGAGCACAAGCAGUCUCUCGGCGCAGCUGCCGCCGCCAACCGUCCCACAGCCCUCGCACGCGAUCGGGUUUGCGGUCUUUGCCCGCAUCUUGCAGACGUCGCACGUGGCGCGGACGCAACCGUUGAUGCGACCAGACGCCGUCUACGGUGGCGUCUGGGCCUGGCGCGUCGCGACGCCGAUCGUCCGUGCGCUGCAGACGCCGUCCUUUCUCGACGUGCUCUGGAGCUGGCUCGGCGCGUGCGGUCUCCGUCUCUGCCUUGACGGCCACGUCUUCUCGAAACACCAAGUGUCACGGGACGAUAUUUCAAUGACACGAGAUCGUCCAGUGGUCGUGUGGCCAAUGAACCGAUGACUCAUCUUGCUCUGUAGGUGCAGAGCCGAUGGCCGGCGUGGCCGUCGCCGCCGACCGCCUUUGCGCUGGACCACAUGCCGCAUGCGAUGCACACGUGGCCGCAUGGCGCCUUGGCCGACUAUGUCGGGUGGAGCGAUGUCGACGGGCUGCAUCUGGACGUGUUUGUAUGGCCUCGCCAUCCGACCGAGCGCGGUCAUGGCUUCCGAACGCUCUGGCGACGCCAAGAUGCGAGCUUGGUGGUGCUGCUGGCGCGGGACGUGCUGGUGACGACAGCAGCGUACGACCCAACGGACGGUGCGACACGUCGCAUGGCCAACGUCCACGCCGAGUCGACCGACUUGCAUCUCGAGAUGAUCUACGACCGCGUGCUGCUGGACGAGUGCAAUGGCGACAUGUAGGCUACGUUGGCGAUGAUGAUGCGG